AUGGCAGACGUUGCAACUGCCGCUGAAAAGAAGGCCCCCCCUAAAUUCAAGCAGAGGACUACCCGUACCUUCAAGAGCAAGGCCCCCAAGCCUGGCCAGAAGGGAUUCGGUGACGACAURCCCGGCAUGGAGGGUCUCGGCACAGACAUCACAGUGAUCUGCCCAUGGGAAGCAUUCGGUGACAUGGAACUCAGUGACCUGGCAAAAUAUGGAAUUGUUUAGAUGCUCUGCCCCUCCUUCCCUUCCCUCGACCACCCCCUCCACUUCUCUUUCCUUGACUCCCCCUCUCCUCCUCCUUUCUGGACCCUGAGGUCAGGGAUUCCAGUACUCUGAACUGAUUCUUGUUUUGUUAUGCCAUCUUGUACAAGGCGCUUCCACUUCGACAUCAGCUCGUUGUUUCAGAGCCGGGCGUAAUCGGGUGCACCACCGACCCUGAGAGAAUUGGUGAAGUCACACAAACACAGUGAUACUUGGGAAAUAUGCACACACCAGCUUUAAACUGAAGACACAUAUGACCGAACCUCCUCCUGCCACUGUCCUCCUGUAGAAAUCUCACGUAAACGACCAGCUAAYCAAUGUCCUAACAACUGAAGUCAAAUGGCACUCAAGUUAUAUGAAUAAGACAUCUAAUGUAUAAUAGUGAUGUGCAUUCGCUUUUUUGCGGACUGGUAGGUAAAUAAAUGGUCAUGUCAGUGAUGCUUACUUCGACACUA